AUGGUCGAGGCAAGCGACGACGGUUGCCGAAAGCAGCCUCACAUCGUCGACGGCUACAACCGGCACAAGUUCUCCAAAUUGUCGCAAACCGUUAAAGCACUACGUACCGACCUACUGCAAACACAGCGUAGCCGCAAAACAACCGGAUGCUGUGCUCAUCAUCGUAAGGAACGUAGGAAAAAGUGUCGGGCCCGUUCGAAGGUGGUACUUACCGGUGAAAAGUUUGAAGAUCCUGAUCCAUAUCAACUGGCGGUGCGCAAAACCAACUAUGGCAAACGGAAAGAGAAGCUAAAGUUUGUCGGCGAACAGUUCCAAGAUCCGGAUCCGUACGGUUUAGCCAUCCGCAAAACGAGCAGCACGAGUAGCUGCACUAGUGAUCGUGAGGUUUCAUACCAAUAUCGCAACCAGCUGGCCGAAACCCACCCGGCCACCGUGUUCGCGCCAUUCGAUUACAUAAACCGUGAACAGUGUAUUGCCGAAAUGUCCGAAGAGGAAGCGAAGCCUGAUAGGUUUAGGAUGGAUGUGAUGAAGCAAUCGGAACCUCCACUGGAGGGAAGUCGCAAAUCGCUUCUAGCGCAGGCCUGUGCUGUUGGUGUGAAAAACGUGUUACUGCUCGGGUAUGGAAUGACGCUGGGAUUUCCGACAAUCGUAAUUCCCGCCAUACAAGGUGGCGAUGGUCGUGAGCCUGCCCUUGAAAGGGACGUGACACUUAGCCGAGAACAAAUUUCUUGGCUAAGCUCGAUCAACUUGAUCUGCGUUCCAUUGGGUAGUAUCUUUUCCGGCAUGCUUGCUCAACCGAUUGGUAGACGACGGGCAAUGCAGGUAUGUGGCAUGUCGUCAUACGUUAGUACCAUUCUGGUGCCCGUUUCUAACCUAUCUUUUCCCACGCAGCUCAUCAACAUUCCCAUUUUCAUCGCCUGGAUGUUGUUCCAUUUUGCCAGUGAUGUAACCUUCCUUUACAUGGGACUCGCGCUGGCCGGUAUCAGCGGUGGACUCGGCGAAGCGCCAGUGCUAACCUAUGUCGCAGAAAUUACUCAACCGCGCUAUCGGGGCAUGCUAGCCGCUACGGGUUCCACUUGCGUCAUCUUGGGCGUUUUGAUAGAAUUUCUCAUGGGAAGUUUCAUGAAAUGGCGCACAGUUGCGCUGAUCAGUUCCGCCGUGCCCAUUCUGGCCGCAUUAUUGCUCUUCUUCAUACCAGAAAGUCCCGUUUGGUUGGCGAGCAAGGGACGUCUCGAAGCAUCCAAGGCCGCUCUUGCUUGGCUACGAGGCUGGACAUCCAAAGAACAGGUUGAAGCGGAAUUUAACGAAAUCGAACAUCAAAUGACAAAAGAUGCGGAACUGCAGAAGAACUUCACUAUCGUCGACAAGGCACGGCUCUACACACAGCGUGCGUUCCUGCAACCGUUCGGUAUUAUCCUGCUGUGCUUCUUUAUCGGUCACUUUUCCGGCAUGACGACACUUCAAACGUACGCCGUACAGAUCUUUCACACGUUGAAAGCCCCUAUCAACAAAUACUAUGCGACAUGUCUGCUCGGGCUGACCGAGUUGAUCGGGACACUGUUUUGUGUGUUUCUAGUGCACCGCACGGGCAAGCGGCCGUUGGUGUUUAUCUCCACUAUUGGAUGUGCGAUCUGCUUUUUCGGAGCUGCCAGUUAUGCGUACUUCCUGAGCGAUAUUCCCGGCGCUUCCGUUCAAAACGUGGUAGCAAAUGUGUCCUCUAUUAAGGCCGAUAUUACGGUAAUUCCUUUAAAAACGAAGGAAGUGAUUGCUGAAUGGCAUCGCAACAGUUCCGAACUGCACUCACUGAACCUUACGCACAUAGAAGACAUGCAAUUCGUCAAUGGUAGCGUACUGGACAGGUUGGACACUCGCAACAGUUCGUUGGAAGGCAUAGUGUAUGCAGCACAGAGCUUCACCAAUUACUACCUCAACGAUAGUUUAAACGAUCCGAUCAAUAUCACGAUCGCCUACGGAGAGUACGUCAAAUCGGCAAUCCCGAGAGAAGUCUUUGUUCCGCUACCGCACGUUAACAAGAACAAAUUCGUCUGGAUACCGCUGACUCUGCUUCUUGGCAGCGCCUUUCUGACGCAUAUCGGCAUUCGAUUAAUACCGUGGAUACUGAUAGGCGAACUGUUUGCGCCGAAUGUGCGCAGUGGUGGUUCUGGUUUGGCAGGAGGAAUCGCAUACAUCUUUGGUUUCAUCGCCAACAAAACAUUCCUCAAGAUGUUAGCGGUAUUCACUCUACCGGGUACGUUUUGGAUCUACUCGUUUGUAACGAUUCUCGGAGCCAUCAUCCUUUACAAAGUACUUCCCGAAACGGAAGGUAAAUCGCUGCAGGAGAUCGAGACGUAUUUUCUCCCACGGAGUAAAUUAUCUGCACGAGUCGAUCAAGAGGCACCAGCUCCACCUCAACCGGGACCAAAACACUCCAUCUCCAGUAUGCAGCCGGCACCGCCACCGAUUCCACCGAAACCCUAUCCAUUGAAGGAUGAUAUCGAUCGUGCUCGACGUAUAUCUCUGGUACCUCGACAAAUGUCCCAAUCUUCCCGCAAUACGACCGCGUCGGACUUUUCCAGAGCAUCGUUUAAUUCCCAACACUCGCACCAACACUCCGGAAUGAGCCGCAAUUCUUCGUGGACCUCUUACACGUUGGAAGACAGCCAAGAUGCGUCCCAUCCGCAAGUGUUUCGAAAACUAUCCGAAACACUUCCAGAUGCAAUUGUCGAAUCUGCACGCAACACGACGCAGCUGGCUGAGGAACCCAAACCUCCGCUGUCCGAGAAUCAUUCAUCCAAAGUUCUACCUACUAACGAUUUUACUGCUUUACUAAAUCAUAAAGACGGGAAACAUACCAAGCACGUAACUAACGAUAUCAAAAUCCCGUCACACAAAACCCAACCGAUGAAUCGUCCAGUUCGCGCCCGUGCAAAACGGCCACCACCGUCACAUCAGUUUGAUUUUCAGACCUGUGAGAGUAACAAAAAAUUUGAAGAAUUUCUGCAUCGUUAUAAGGAUAAAAGCGAAGGCGUUCAGGUACCGGUGCAGCGUCCAAUGCGUCACGUUACCAGCGCACACGAUCUUAAGGCGUUCGAGAAAGAGCAUCUUCCUGGCGCAGUGGCCGUUCCUCCCAAUGGUGGAAUUUUAACGGAUCGGAAGAUCUUCAACAGUGCUACCAAACUGACCGCUACGUACGCCAGUGCGGAGAAUCAUAUCGCACGGGAAUGUGGCAUUGAGAAUGCUGAGUUUCAUUUAAGUUCAAGUGACGAAUCUACGGACAUGUAA